UCAGGACACAGUACAUCGAGUUGUUCGCUUCCAGGCUCGGAAGAGAAGGAAGGAAGGAAGGAAGCAAGCGAGGUGAUAACGCUGCAGGUUGCAAGAGCUGUUUGGUCCCUCUUCACUUGGAUCCGCCUAUGAACACGCCCUUUUCCCUGUAAUAAAUAUCGGAGACCACAACACACACAGGGGCUGGUUUCCUGCUACUUUUUCCUGCUCCUGUCACCUGCACAUCGAAUCAAGGUGCUCUUUUUCCACUAUUCCGUUUGAAGACCAUGGACACAGAAAUUGAUCAGCAAGAUGAGACCUCAUUCAGCAACACAGAGACGAAUGGUAAACGCCCUGCUGAGGAUGCAGAUGAGCAGAAAUCAUUCAAACGCUCCAGAAACUGUGAUGAGAUGGUAGAGCUCCGCAUUCUCCUGCAGAGCAAAAAUGCAGGAGCUGUGAUUGGGAAGGGUGGAAAAAACAUCAAAGCCCUCCGUUCAGAUUACAAUGCCAGUGUGUCAGUCCCAGACAGCAGUGGGCCUGAGCGAAUCCUGAGUAUCAGUGCAGACAUAGAGACUAUUGGAGAAAUCCUACUGAAGAUUAUCCCUACAUUGGAAGAAUACCAGCAAUACAAUGGCAAUGACUUUGAUUGUGAGCUUCGUCUGCUGAUCCAUCAGAGCCUGGCGGGCUCCAUCAUCGGUGUGAAAGGAGCAAAGAUCAAGGAGCUUCGGGAGAACACAAAGACCAGCAUCAAGCUGUUUCAGGAGUGUUGUCCCCAGUCAACGGACCGUGUGGUGCUGGUUGGUGGUAAAAUGGAGAGGGUGGUGGAGUGCAUCAAGACCAUGCUGGAGCUCAUCUCUGAAGCUCCAAUAAAAGGCCGUACGCAGCCCUACGACCCCAACUUCUAUGAUGAGACAUACGAGUACGGUGGUUUCACCAUGAUGUUCGAGGAGAGGGGAGGCGGCCGCAGGCUUAUGGGAGGCUUCCCCAUGCGCGGAGGCAGGUCCAGUGGCGACCGCGGGUAUGACAGAAUGCCUUCCAGCCGAGGGGCGCGUGGACCCCUGCCUCCCUCACGCCGCGAUUACGAUGAUAUCAGCCCCCGCCGGGGUCCUCCUCCACCCCACCCCAGUAGGGUUGGCAGGGGAAGCGGGCGUCCGCGAAGCAUGCCAAUGGGUCACCCAUACAGGGGAGGCAGAGACGAUCGUUACUAUGACUCAUACCGUGGCUCAGAUGACAGGUCAAAUGACAGAAGAGGCAGACCGGAUCGCUACAGUGAUAACAUGAGUGGCGGUGGAUAUGAUAACAGCUCCUCCUGGGAUAGCUACCAGUCAGGUGGACGUGGAUCCUAUAACGACAUGGGCGGUCCUGUCAUCACCACACAAGUGACAAUCCCUAAAGACCUGGCUGGAUCCAUCAUCGGUAAGGGAGGCCAGAGGAUCAAACAGAUUCGCCACGAGUCGGGGGCCUCCAUCAAGAUAGACGAGCCUUUGGAGGGUUCAGAGGAUCGCAUCAUUACCAUCACUGGUACCCAGGACCAGAUCCAGAAUGCCCAGUACCUUCUACAGAACAGUGUGAAGCAGUACUCUGGUCAUUUGCUGUAGACCUUGAGGGAGCAGAUUGAAGAAAACUCG